AUGCUGCACAAAUCUAAGGCAGAUCUGGGGGCGAGGGACGAGGACAACAAGACAGCACUCCACUGGGCGGCCUCCGGGGGCCACGUAGUGGCAGUGAGGUGUCUGCUAAUGGCAGGUGCUGACGUGGGUGCGAGGGACAACUUCCAGCAGACACCCAUGCAUGGAGCUGCACUGAAUGGCCACGCAGCUCUUGUGCAGCUGCUGGUGGCGUCCUCUGCCGACCCCAACGCCAGGGAUGAGGGUGGAUGGACGCCGCUGCACUCUGCAGCAUUCACAGGCCAGGCAGAGGCGGUGACAGAACUGCUGGAGGCAGGGGCCAACAAGAGGGCCGUGGAUAACACCAGCAAAACCCCACAGGACAUUGCCAGACAGUACAACCACCAGCAGCUGAUAGACGUGCUAUCAUAA